UGUGCACGGCAAGAGCCUGUGAGAUUGCCUUGGAAAAACAACUAAAGUGUGCGUAUUAAGCCACACGCGAACGACACGAGCUAGACGCACAGUCCCCCAGCAAUCCAAAAGGGACUUUGAGAUUCUCUCUUCACUUUCUUCCAACAGCCACUGCCAAUGGAUAUCACUGCCAAGAUGGAAAUCAACACCAGCCAGCAGCAGUUCAUGCCGCCUGCCUGUUUCUUCGCCGCUGCAGCACAAAACGCGCAACUCAGCCCGACUGACAGCCAGUGCAGCAGUAAAUCAGUUUGCAAGCAGGUCAAGAGGCAGCGGUCGUCCUCACCGGAGCUGCUGCGCUGCAAGAGAAGGCUCAGUUUUGCCGGGUUUGGGUACAGCCUCCCGCCACAGCAGCCAGCAACCGUGGCAAGACGAAACGAAAGAGAGAGAAACCGAGUGAAACUGGUGAAUAAUGGGUUUGCCACGCUCCGGGAGCACGUACCCAACGGGGCCGCGAAUAAGAAGAUGAGCAAGGUGGAGACCCUGCGUUCUGCAGUGGAGUACAUUCGGGCUCUGCAGCAGCUCUUAGAUGAGCACGAUGCGGUCAGCGCUGCCUUUCAGUCGGGUGUCAUCUCCCCAACCAUGUCCCAGAACUACUCCAAUGACAUGAACUCUAUGGCGGGUUCACCGGUCUCCUCCUACUCCUCAGACGAAGGAUCUUACGACCCAUUGAGUCCUGAAGAACAAGAGCUCUUAGACUUCACCAACUGGUUCUGAAAUGUUAUAGCAGG